AUGCCAUCCACAAUCUUUGGGUCUUUAGCAAGAGCUCUGUGUCUCAGUUCUGAACAGAUGCCAGCUGACAAUUUACAGCGUGCCAGGCCAAGAACAAUGGGCAAUUCUGGGGAUCAUGAUGAGAAAUCCUUUUAUUCACACCCCAACUGCAAGUUAUGGCAGUUCAACAUUGUCAGCAGCACUUGGACCCGUAUAGAAGGGGCAGGAAGUAUGCCAGAAGAACUGGCCUCCCACUCAGCUGUGCGUCUGGGCCCAAACAUGCUAGUGUUUGGGGGAACAGCCAUGCCAUUUGGUGACUCGUCGUCAGAUUCGCUAUACAUGUGUCACCUGCCAACAGGAAAAUGGCAGAAAGUGAUAACAUAUGGCAACAAACCUGAGCCAAUGUAUGGACAAGCUGUGUGUCUCAGUGAUGAUAAACUUUACGUUGUGGGUGGUACAACUGGUUUCCAGUACAGCAUUGACGUUCAUUGCCUUGACUUAAACCAAAGAGAGUGGGUACAUCUGAACCCCAGAGUAUCUAGCCACAGUUUUUGUCCAGAGGAAAGGUAUCGGCACGAAGUGGUGGAACACGAAGGCGCCCUUUAUGUAUUUGGUGGGGGGAGGUCAGAUGCUGCAUGCGACCUCACAUACCUUCCCACAUUUUUAAUCAAGGAGCGAAUAUGGGUGCCUACUAAAACUUAUCCUGAUCCUGUCUGUAGUACUUUUCCACAGUGUCGCAGAUGCCACGUUGCCUGUAAAUUCAAUAAUUUUGUCUAUAUCCAUGGAGGCUACAAUGGGGUGGAAGCAUUUGCUGACUUAUGGAGACUCAACCUAUCGAACUUUGAGUGGCAAAAGUUACCUUGUAAAUCUCCAGUUCCACUCUAUUUUCACUCAGCAGCUGUUACUGAAGAUGGCUGUAUGUACAUGUUUGGAGGAGUAAAGAAUCUGGAGGAGAACAAACGAACCGCAAGAAUUACAAAAGUGUGGCUGAGUGUAGGAAAGCUGCGGGAUAUGUGCUGGGAAGCUCUGUGUCAUUACACUCCGACACUGCCAAGUUUGCCUCCAGCGACACUGCUUCAGAUGGGAAUACCAAUAUACAUAGUAGAUAGUUUGCAGCAUCAGACACCAGCUUACGGAUAGAUUGCCAAUGAAUAGAUAGAAACCGUGUUGGUGAAGUCUUCAGAAGCGGCCAUUUUAAACUGCAGAUAUGAGAUGGCAGCAAAGUCAUUAUUAGUACAGCAUAAUUUAUUUCAUUUCAACUAUUAUCCUAAAGCCUUCGCUUUCUUUGCAACUUUAUCCUGUAUUGUUCAAUGCAAACAUGGGGAUACACCUAUAAAUGUUCAGACAGAUUCACAUGGAAAUGUCCUCUACAUGUAAAUCAAUACAUUUAAACAAACACACACUUAUUCGUGCACAAUAAAGCAUUCAUAUAAACAUACAUAUACACUUAUUCAAUAGUAGCACUUAUCCAUAAACCCAACUACAUACACUCACUCACACACACACACUCACACACUCACUCACUCACUCACACACUCACUCACACACUCACACACUCACACACUCACACACUCACACACUCACACACUCACACACACACACUCACACACUCACACUCACACUCACACUCACACUCACACUCACACUCACACUCACACUCACACUCACACACACACACACACACACACACACACACACACACACACACACACACACACACACACACACACACACACACACACAUCUCCAUCUAUCCAUCCCAUCAGUCCCAACUCUCAAAUUAUUUUCCUGUUUGUAAUUAAGUGUGCUCCCUUUUUGACAGAACGAUGGUCCACAAAAUUCAUUUCAUCAGUUAUUCAUGGAUAUUUAAUAUUUGCAGACACACAAAUUAUUAUUUAAUUUUUUGUUUGGUUUCCUUGUUUUUUUUUAUUGUUAUAUUAUGUAGGUCAUGAAUACAAAUGGUAUAUAUAAUUCAUGUUGGGAUGUGGGAAUAUAUCUGCACAUUAAAUACAUUUCAAUAUUGUAA